UCUUACAAGCAGCCAGUUCAGACUCUUUCAGAGGUCUUAGACUUUCACACUCAAAGAUUCUUCCUAACAGAAGCUCUCCUGAUUAGUGAUAUUGAAUAAAACUCUUUUCAGUGCAGUAAGUUACAUAAAUACAGAAUUUUAAUUAUGAAUAGUCAUAUAUAUUUGAUUGAAUAUUUAUCUCCUUUAUUUCCAUUUAGGUGUCUUAUAAGUCUUUGAACUUUACUGUUUUGCCAUCUGAAAAACAUAUGAAUUACCUGUGAUAUUUGGACUCUGAUGUGGUUGGGCUAUCUCCCCUCAUACCUGUAGAAAUUGGGUAUUACAUUUCUCUGUAGUUUAGUCUAUGGGAAGGAGAGUUUCAUAUCCUCCCUCCCUUUUCUCUUCAUAAGGAAAUGCAGCCUGAGAGCGAUUCCAUAUUCCAGGCAGUUCAAAGAAUUCUGAACCAUAAGCUGAGCUUAGUCCCAGACUUGGAAUGGCCACAUAUCUGGGUGAAGUUCAUAGUUUGAAACUGGAUGAUGAUUCAGUCAUAGAAGGAGUAAGUGACCAAGUACUUGUGGCAGUUGUGGUCAGUUUCGCUUUGAUUGGUACCCUGGUAUAUGCACUUUUCAGAAAUGCACAUCAAAACAUUCACCCAGAAAACCAAGAACUAGUAAGGGUGCUUCGGGAACAACUUCAAACAGAACAGGAUGCACCUGCUGCUGUUCGACAGCAGUUUUACACUGACAUGUACUGUCCAAUCUGUUUACAUCAAGCCGCCUUCCCUGUGGAAACGAACUGUGGACAUCUCUUUUGUGGUAAGCAAACAAGUGCUGUACUUGGUAAUAGUGACUGUUUGGACCAAGACCUGUAUGUGUACACAGGCUGGAUUCCUAACUUUCUCUUUGUCACAGUUGUAUUUCAUGAGUAGGGUAGAUUGCUCCAGAUAUUCUGCUAUACUUGUCAGCC